AUGAAGAAUGUAGUGGGAAAAGUUGUUUCAGAGUCCCAAAAUGCUUUUGUUCAAGGCAGACAAAUUCUUGACGCAGUUUUGGUUGCUAACGAAUGUGUGGAUUCGAGAUUGAAGAGUGGUACUCCAGGUAUCGCGUGUAAGCUGGACAUUGAAAAGGCGUACGACCAUCCGGUUUCUUUCAGACUUCUAGAGGAUUAUGCCGGGGGAUCCCCUUCUCUUCUUUUUAUUGUGGUCAUGGAGGUGCUCAGUUGUAUGAUUCAGAAAGCAGUACAAGGUGGAUUUUUAGAGGGUUUCAAGGUGGGCAGGGUGGAUGGCGCACGAUUGAUGGUUUCUCACAUUCUAUAUGCGGAUGACACUCUUCUGUUUUGCAAUGCGGAUCUGACUCAGGUGGGAUAUCUUCGGUAA